AUAAAAAUAUUUCAAAAUUAUUUAAUUUUACUUAUAUUUAAUUUAGCCUCAACCUUUGCUAGAUUUGUGCAACUCUAUUCCAAAACUGAUUUCAAAUCUUGGUUUUAUUGAUACAGACGUUCAUUUACUCUCAGUUAAUGUGAGCCAAAAAUUUAAACAGUUGUUUCAAUAUUAUUCCAAAUGUCAUAACUUGAUGAACAGCUCACAAUCAUUUCAAGAAAAUGAUGUUCAGGAACUUGAAUCAGCAAUCUGUAAUCUUAUGGAAUUUUAUAGAUCAACUUGGCCAAAUGCAUCUGUAACUCCAAAGAUGCAUUUGCUUGAAACACAUGUUCUUCAAUUUAUUCAAAAAUGGGGAUUAGGCAUUGGAGUUUAUGGAGAACAAGGCGGAGAAAGUUUGCAUGCUGAAUUUAACAAUCUUAAUCGUUUGUUUUGUCAUAUGAAAGGUUGUAGCCGCUUGAAAAGCAUGGUGAAAGAACAUUAUGUAAGAAACCAUCCAAAAGCUAAAGCAAUGAAGCCAGAAAUUAAAAAGAAAAAAUUUUUUUGAUUUUUAUGUGUGUAUAUAAUAUAUAUAUAUAUAUAUACACAUACAUAUACACACAUUCAACUUUGUUCUGAGUAUCAGAGUGUUCUGGUAAACACAUUAUAAUAUUCUUGAUUUAAAACGUGCACGCAUUGUAAGUUUAAGGUUAACUUGAACUUUAUGUAAGGCUUUCAGAGUAGAAAAUUCUUCCAUUAAAAA